UUUAAGUGUUAGUGGUAGUUUCUUCAAAUAAUUGAUUCAAUUUUAAUUUCAAUCAAAAUGUUGUUUAACAUUUUUUUGAUCUUUGGCAUGGUUGUUGUUGCUCAUGCGGGCAUCGAGGACAAUAGGCCUAUCCUUCCACUUGAAAGUGAUCUUGUAUCACUGAUCAAGAGAAAGGGUGAGAUAUGCGUGAAUGAGACAGGUGUCAGUCCAGCAAUUAUGCACAAUCUGUUACCAUGGAGGGUAGAAGAAAGUGAAAUUAAUGGAAAAUUCUUAUUAUGCCUCGCUAAAGAAAUGGAAUUCCACGAGAAAGAUGGCAAACUUAAAGUGGACAGGUUCAUUGACCUCUUCUAUCAGUCCCUGAAGUCGCUAGAUGUGGAAUCAUACAAGAAAUUGUUCGAACGUUGUAACGAAUUAUCUGGUAAAAACGCCUAUUACACUGUAUACAAAAUAGCUAACUGCUUCCAUACCAACACGCCUGUGAAAAUGGCGUUGCACGUACUUGUAUUUUAAAGUAUAAAAAUAUAUACAUCUCCAAUUUACAUUUUAAUGCAGAUA